UUGUAUAUGUAUCAAUCAGUGUAUCUAUCGCCGUCAAGAUAACUCCGCCUCCUCUCAGUAUCUCUCUAUAUAUCUGCCGUUCCCCUGAAACAACAAAUCAAAUAGGAGGUGAGAAAAUGGAGGUGAGAAGGUGUUCAUUCUUGGCGGUUGCGGUUAUCGCUCUCAUCUUGGCCGUUGGCUUCCCCGCUGCUACAACCCAAUCCGCCGCCCCUGCUCCGGCUCCUGCUCCAACCAGCGACGGGACAUCGAUAGAUCAGGGAAUAGCAUAUCUGCUAAUGCUGGUGGCUUUGCUGCUCACAUACCUCAUCCACUAAUUAGGGAGAGGAGGAGUUCGAUUUUAUUUUUAUUUUUUUAUUUUGUUUUUAAAUUUUUUUUUUGUGGGUGGUGUAUUUGAAAUUUGAGGGCAUGGACGGUAAUGAAUUGAAGAGUUGAAUGUAAUGAAUGGCCCCAUUCUUGGAU